UGCAUAUGAAUUUAGGAUACAACAGAGGCAAAUUUAAUUUAUUUGUUUUUUACAUGGAAGAUAAGUUUGAACCAAGUCCCAAAUAAUUUGGAAUAUUUCCCACAUAAUUCUUUCACAACGAAAUGCAAGAAAAUGGAAUAAUUUAUUGCGAGUUGGAAGCAUAAUUAAGAUUAAAAAAAUAAUUAAAUUAACCAAAUGUUAAAUGCUGAUCGAGGAGAUCAUUGCUAUAUAAACUGCAGGAACUUGCUUCGUUUAAUAUCAAAACCCACAACCAUUUGGAUCCCUAAGGCAUAGCAAUCCCAAGCCUGUGGAACUUACAUCUCAAAAUGGCUGCCAACUCCAGGGUUUGGCAACGCCUUGCCUAUGCCUUGGCAUUAAGCUUCAUGCUCAAUAUGGUAACUGCAGAUUACGAGCCUUAUUCUCCUUCUCCUCCGCCUCCAACGCCAUCUCCUUCUCCUUCUGCGCCUUAUGUAUAUAAAUUCCUACCUUCACCAUCACCUUCAUCACCUCCUCCAUAUGUCUACAAGUCACCUCCACCUCCAUCAUCAUCACCUCCUCCUCAUUAUAUCUACAAGUCCCCAUCUCCACCGUUUCCUCCAUCUCCAUACUACCACAAGUCCCCACCUCCACCAUCUCCAUCAACUCCACCACCUUACUACUAUAAGUCCCCACCUCCACCAUCUCCUUCACCUCCACCACCUUACUACUACAAAUCACCCCCUCCACCACCUCCAUACUACUAUAAGUUCCCACCUCCACCAUAUUCAUCACCUCCACCCGCAUACUACUACAAGUCUCCACCUCCACCAUCACUAUCUCCUCCACCUCCAUACUAUUAUAAGUCUCCUCCACCAACUUCACUAUUUCCACCGCCACUUUAUUAUUACAAGUCACCACCACCAUCAUCCCCAUCCCCUCCGCCACCUUAUUAUUACAAGUCCCCUCCUCCACCAUCACCUUCUCCUCCACCUCCUUAUUACUAUAAGUCUUCAUCAGCACCUCCUCCUAUAUAUCAGUACAACUCUCCUCCACCACCGGUUGUUUACUAAGAACAAGGAGGUUAAUUUUAAGUUCAAGUUACAAAUUAAUGAAGAGAAUAAUUGCCUGAGACGUACGUAUGCUGACGUUUCUUGGUGUUGGUUUUCGUUCGCUUUAUCUUACACAAUUCAAAGAAGCAGUUCUCAGAUGUGUUGCCCAUAGAUAUUAGAUUGUAAUACUUCAUCUGGAGAAAUUGGAAUAAAAGGGAUUUAUUUAAGCAGAUAAAAUUAUUGAU